AACUUCUUGAACUGCACUGUUGGUUAAGGGCUUGUAGUAAGCAUUUCAAGUUAAAGUCUGCACUUGUUGUAUUUGGCGCAUGUGACAAAUAAAGUUUGAUUUGAUUUUAAUUAGGAAAUUCUGGGGUCCUAUAUUGACUAGGGUGACCAGUCGUUCCUGAUUUCCGGGGACAAUCCCACAUUCUUGUGGCCUGUCCCCGACGAGAGCGGUCUCUGAAAUUGUCCCUGAUUUAGCCCUCAGAAAGAAAAAAGCAACUCUGAAGUUAAAUUGAGGCAGAUAUUUCAAUAAUCAAACGCUGUAUCCAAUCAUAUUGCCAUGUAAAAAUGAUGUCUAUAUCCCUGUUCCAAACUCAUUUGCUCUUACGGUUACGCCGCAGACCUGUAAUGAGAACGUUUGAUCAGUCAUACAUUGUAACCACUGCAUGAACAACUAUGCCCAUGGCUAGAAAGUGCAUCCAACAGCAUCGGCUACCCAACUUGAGUGAUUGUAAAAUUGCUAGCUAGGCAAAGAUUAAUAAGGAAACUGUGGAUGGGUAGUUGAUUUCUGUGUUAUAAAUAACACAAGUGUUUCAAAGGACAACGUGAAAUGUAUAGUUUAGUAUAUGUAGUUCCCUCCAUGCCAUUGUUUUUUUUUUGUUUUUUACACAGCUACACUGGUCAUCUUAAUUUUAUAUAGCAACUGUUUCUAAUUGUCAACUCGAAAUUCAUGACAAUCCCUGUAUUAGGUUGCACAUCAAAAUAUAUUGAAUCAUGCAUUCCUGCUUCCACUGCUUAGCUGAAAUAACUUUUUUUAAAUUCCUAAGUAACCUAUGUAUUGCACUUCUUAAUGAAGGUCUAUGAUUGACUUAGGCUCACCACAUUAUGGGCUGGUGCCACCAACAAAGUUAGUGUCACCAGUGACAGCAGGGAGAAAUUAGUUGGCUGUGCGCAUGGUGCUGUGGGCUGGUUUGGAUGGAAUGCCAGGGCCGAAUUGUAGUCCCUGUCCACCCCUGCUUUGCCCUACUUUCACCAUAGUCAUGAUGCUGAGGCAUGGUGAGGAGGAGAAGGAGUAUCCCACAAUGCCCUUGUCGGGGCCGGAGAUGGAUGCUGCCUGCUGCAGCUCGUGAGCUUCUGUUGAGCUGACGCUUGUUGAUGCCGCCGCAGCUCGUGCUGCCAUUUCCAUUUCCGUCAGCUCGCACUAGUUGUUCGCGAUCACCAGCGCGUGCUUGACGGUGCGGUGAACACCGGUCCCCGCUGCUUUGGAUCCCUUCAACAACCACGACCAUAAAAAGGACGGACACUGUCAUCCAACGAUACCCACCGUAUACCGUCUCUGUCUCCCGGAGUAGACGGGGAGAGGGGGUCCAGUGCCGUCCGCAGCAUGAGCAUGGACCCCCUGGCCAAGCCCUGCCCGUCCCAGGUGGAGCACAACCCCGGGACCUUCAGCGGCCGACUGACCGCGCUGGAAGCGGCCGGGGAUGACAGCGAGUCCGGCUGCGGCGAAGAGGAGGCCAUGGGGGGCAGCGAUACGUUCAGUAGCCUCGUCGAAAUGGAGGUGGAGACGCUGGAGGAGAAAUUGAAGGGUCUGGCUUUUAGGAAACAGAUUUCGUAUAGGAAAGCCAUCUCGCGGUCGGGUCUCCAGCACUUGGCCCCGGUCCACAAACCCAUGCCCCCCAUCACCAACGGACCUUCCAAGGAGAUGCGCACGUCCGUCGACUGGACAGAGACUGCUGUGAGCGGGGAACACCUGUGGCUGGAGACCAGUUGUUCUGGAGAGCUGUGCUACCUGGGAGAAGACACCUGUGUACUGAAGACUGCAAAGUCUGCUCCCAGGAGGAAGUGUGCAGUGUGUAAGAUCGUAGUCCACACCGCCUGCAUCGAGCAGCUCGAUAAGAUUAACUUCCGCUGUAAACCAACAUUUAGAGAAGGAGGCUCUCGCUGCCUCAGAGAUAAUAUGUUGAGGCAUCACUGGGUGCACCGGCGCCGCCAAGAGGGGAAAUGCAGACAGUGUGGGAAGAGCUUCCAGCAGAAGUUCUUCCACAGUAAAGAGAUUGUGGCCAUCAGCUGCUCCUGGUGCAAACAAGCUUUCCAUAACAAGGUGACGUGUUUCCAGCUACAUCAGAUUGAGGAGCCCUGUUCUCUUGGCGCUCACGCCGGGGUCAUCGUCCCCCCAUCCUGGAUCAUCAAAGUUAGGAAGCCACAGAGCUCGUUCAAAAACUCUACAAGGAGGAAAAAACGCACAUCGUUUAAAAGAAGGACCAGCAAGAAAGGAACUGACGAGUCAAAGUGGCGUCCGUUCAUGCUGAAGCCCCUUCCCUCCCCUCUGAUGAAACCUGUUCUAGUCUUUGUCAACCCCAAGAGUGGAGGCAACCAGGGUACUAAGGUGUUACAGAUGUUUAUGUGGAUCCUGAACCCUCGCCAGGUGUUUGAUCUCUCCCAGGGAGGGCUCAGAGAGGCGUUGGAGUUGUACAGGAAAGUGCCAAACCUGCGUAUCCUGGCCUGUGGAGGUGACGGGACGGUGGGGUGGAUCCUGUCUGCUCUGGAUGAGUUAGGAAUGACUCCCCAUCCGCCUGUAGCUGUACUUCCUCUGGGGACAGGAAAUGACCUCGCCAGGACCCUCAACUGGGGAGGGGGUUAUACAGACGAGCCGGUUUCCAAGGUACUGUGUCAGGUGGAGGACGGCUCUGUGGUGCAGCUAGACAGAUGGAACCUUCAUGUUGAGAGAAGCCCCGCCCAGCCGGAGGAGGGCACACAGAAGCUCCCACUGAACGUGUUCAACAACUACUUCAGCCUGGGCUUCGACGCACACGUCACACUGGAGUUCCACGAAUCCAGAGAAGCCAACCCUGAGAAAUUCAACAGCCGCUUUCGCAACAAGAUGUUCUAUGCAGGGGCUGCGUUCUCUGACUUCCUCCAGAGGAGCUCCAGGGAUCUGUCUAAACAUGUCAGAGUGGUGUGUGACGGGACGGAUCUCACUCCUAAGAUCCAGGAGCAGAAGUUCCAGUGCAUCGUCUUCUUAAACAUCCCCAGGUACUGUGCAGGCACCAUGCCAUGGGGGAACACAGGAGACCACCGGGACUUUGAGCCUCAGCGCCAUGAUGAUGGCUGUAUCGAAGUCAUCGGCUUCACCCUGUCCUCCCUUGCGGCACUGCAGGUAGGAGGUCAUGGUGAGAGGCUGCACCAGUGUAGAGAAGUGACUCUGACCACCUUUAAGACCAUCGCUGUACAGGUGGAUGGAGAGCCGUGUCGCUUGGCCCCAUCAACCCUCCGCAUCUCCCUACGCAACCAGGCCAACAUGGUACAGAAGAGCAAGAGGCGCACCUCUGUACCCCUGCUCAAUGACAUUCAGAAAGUGUGUGCAGCAGACCCGCGCCGCCUUUCUGCACCCCCUGACUCCUUCUCUGUCCCCCACGCUGUCCCCGAGCGCCUACGCCUCAGAGUCAACCGUAUCAGUCUGCAGGACUACGACAGACUACAGUUCGACAGGGAACGACUCCGAGACAUCUCGAUCGCUGUGGGGAUUGUGGUGGUGAGAGGGGACUGUGACCUGGAGACCUGCAGACUCUACAUAGACAGGCUACAGGAGGAUCUUCAUCAGGCUCCAUCUGCUGGCCACCGAGUGCAUUACCAGGAUGAGUGUCAAGGUCUACCGCGACCUGGCUCCGCCCACAGACUGUCCCCCAACUGGAGCUUCCUGGACUCUACGUCUGCUGACCGUUUCUACCGUAUAGACAAGGCCCAGGAGCACCUGCACUAUGUGACAGAAAUCUGCCAGGAAGAGGUGUUUAUCCUGGACCACGGUGGACUAGCGGGGGGACCGGCCACAGGCAUGCCUGACCUGGUGGUGGAGCCCAACUCUGGGAGCCCUCUGACGUCUGAGGAACAAGCAAUGCUGAUGGCUGCCUCCUCUGGGGACCUGACUACGUUGUCGGGCAGCUUCUUUCGCGGGACCAGCCUCCUGGUGAGGGAUUCUACUGGUUGUAGUGCACUACACCUGGCCUCUCAGCACGGACACACUGAAGUGGUCCACUUCAUACUGGAGCACGGGUCAAAGGUGCUCCUGGAUUUAACCAACAGAGAAACAGGAGACACUGCCUUGCACAAAGCAGCCUCUCAGAAGCAUCACGCUGUGUGUCAUCUUCUCAUUGACUCCGGAGCUUCCCUCAUCAAGACCAACUUCAAGUAUCCACACACGUGUGUGGCUGUGUGUGUGUGUUCACAGGGCAAGACACCAGUGGACCAAGCUCGUAACGCGGGGGACCAAGAGCUGGCCUCCUACCUGACCAGCAAACAGCUCCCUACCACUGUCUCCCAUGAAGAUCUGGAGACUGCUGUGUGAGAGAGAGAGAGAGAGAGAGAGAGGGGGAGGGAUGAGAGAUGGAGGAGAGAGGUUAGCCCCCUUCACCUCCAUAGAUUGACUGAGGGAUGGACAGACAGAUGGACAGACAGGAGCGGCCUGACGCGCUUUAGACUCCCUCAUCAGCAUGACUCUGUCCUGUCCUGCACAGGAAAAUGUUUCAUCGAAAUCAUUAUUUAUUAUUGGUAUUAUUUAUUCAUUAAUUUAUUGAUUGAUUGUAAACGUAUGGGAGUGUUGGGGUAUGGAGUUGCCUGUUGUUCACUGAAUGCCAGGGUCUGGGCUAGAUUAGGAUUCAGGGGGUUCGGGGUCAGGGAUCAGAGGUGAGGGUUCACCGACACACAGACCCUCUCUCAGUGCGGCCCUGCAGCCUUACAUACUGUACCAACGCGGUUCAACCACGGUUAAACCGCAUACUCAAUAUACGUAUUUUCCCAGAAGGCCUUUGUGAAUCAUUCAGACGUGUGCCAAAGACACACAGCACUGUGAGGCAGGGACAGCACCCAGCGCCCUCCAUACUACUACCACUGCUACACUAGGAUACCACUACUGCUAUCCCAACAACACUGCUAGGCUUGUAGCCAUCCCAAUUCUAAGCCCCCUGGAGGCCAGUGUCGGACCUGAGAUGACAGACACCUUAGGCAGACAACGAAAAGACGGGACUGAUUCUCCAUGCAGCCCCGGGGACCCAUUACACACCCAACCUAGAGCUCUACCAGAGCAGCAUGUACACACCUACAGACUGUGUGUGUGUGUGCGUGUACGUGUGCGUGUGUGUGUGUGUGUCGUCUGUGUCUGUGCUUGAGAGAUACUAAUUCAAAACAAACCUGAGCCAUAUUCAAUGCAAUAUGAAUGAAUGACGUUUGUGCGUUUCUCUAUUCAUGUUUACAUUACAUUAAUGUUUUAACGGUCCCUUAUGGCACCAAGGAGUGUUGAAUGUGCAAUUUCUUACCGUGCCGGUGUGUGUGUGUGUGUGUGGUUGUGUUUCUGUCAAUGUGAAGUGGGGUGGGUUUGGUUUGGUUGACUUGAUAUGGUUAAAACACUAAAACUACUGGUAGGUAUUGUAAAAACAGCCGUGUUCAGUUGACGGUUCUGAAAACCGAUGACAGAUGUAUUAUAGCACUUCACCUUGUUUUAUUUAUCCAGCGUUUAUCAGUGGUCCAACAUGACCCGGGAAAUUGAAAUGUUUUGAAGUUGUUCUGCCUUCCUCCAUCCCCCAUUACCCUUCCUGGUCGUGCUGAGAGAGAUACAUCAUAGAGAUAGAUAGAGGAAUCAACAUGUAUGUAACCCGUUUUAGCAUGGAAAAUGCCAUUACGUUUUCAACCAUUCCAUUUUUGUCAACUGGGUGAGGAUUCCUAUAGGCUGGGAGCGAUCAGCCAAUGAUCAGAACAUUGUCCUCUACUUCUUCAAAAUUGGUUUGCCUAUGGUUUGUAAAUGGCUUUAAGAUAUAUUACCGCCAUCUAGUGGCCACAAUCCACAAGUGACACACAAGCUUUUGUUCAGGAUUCUAGAACUGCAGGUGGUGGUAAAUCACCAAUGCAAGCUUUUUGCUUUUUUUCUCAUACAAAUUGAGAAGAAAAUGGAUUACUCUAACAUGGAGAUGCCCGUGCAGUCACGUAUGCCAUUAUGGCACAGAUACAAAGAUGAGUCCUCUGUCUAUCUCUAUGAGACAAACAUCCGUUACUUAUGAAUAGAUUGGAAAUGAUUUUGGAUUAUUUUGUGUUCUUUAUUAUUCAACAAUUGUUGUGCAUGGCAUUUGUCUUACCUCCUUGGAAGUUGCUACUCCAUAAUAAUGGUAUCACAAACUGGCAUUAUUAUUAUUAUGUUAUUAUAAUUAUUAAGAUUUAAUUGUUUUAUACCUAAGUAAUAUGGGUAAGGUUUGAAAUGUUUAAUGGUUCUACAUUUGAUUUUGUAUUUUUCAGACCAUGGGAUUACUUGAAUGUUGUUGUUUAUUUUGUAUUCUCUAAAAGUCGUAUAGUACUGCCUCUGACAACAUUUCCUGUGUUUUGAUUGGUCAUUGACGUGACGUCACGGUGAUGUCACAGUGACGAGGGCCUGAGAGGAGAGUCUCUUUAAGCCUCCCAACCUUCAUAGUGUCUGUGGAGAUGAAUUUGAACACUGGCGUGGUUGAAGGCUGCCUGCCCCUAACCCUAGGGAAUACCCUUAGAGAGUAGAAUAGAUGGAGAAUGUAGUGGGAAUGCUGUAUAUUUAGUCUACUGAGAGACUUUAUCAGUAGUCAGUCAGUCUCCACAGUGUGCCUGUUAGAUAACCUGUAAUUAUAAUGAUACAGACCGGUGUCUAUGUCAAAUACUGGAGGUGUGCUUUGCUUGUCUGGUACAAUGGAACCAAUAGAAUAGUAGCAAAAGUGCAAAUUCCACCCAACCUGCAUGCUAGUCAAGCUAAAUGAAGUGCACCUCAAGUAUUUAACGUAUCGGACCUAGGUCUGACCUUUACUCUCUUAUAACCCAGUAAUACCCAGUACUACAGGGCAUUGAUAAGGCCCGUAUAGACAUGGAGGACAAUAGAUACAGGUCAUACUGGGUACUACUACUUCUAGAUUUCUUUAGCUUUUUUUGAGUUUCCACUGAUUUCUCUCAAUCCCCAUUCCCCCACGGGGAUUGGUUAAUGCCAUGUUGAGUCAUUCGAUGUUACAGGUAUUACAAGGACUUUCUGAAAUAAUCUGACCUCAAACCAAAAACACUCUUCUCCCACAGAUAUCUUCCAAUAGGGACUUAAAGGUUUGAAUCCAAAAUACACUGUUGUUCACUGUUAAAUGUCCUGCAAAUUGUUUUGGGAAAUAAAUUGACAAUUGAGAGGCAUAGAAAGCAUGCCGGGGUGUACAAUUGUAACAUCUGAAUAAUCGUAUAGUUUUAGAAGAAGAUUAAAGUUUUCACUGAAACAUC